AUGUCGUACGAGGAGUUACUUCCUAAACUCGACGCCUUUGUGAAAGCCAAUAAAGUGGUCCUCUUUAUGAAGGGCGAUCCGGAAGCCCCAAAAUGUGGGUUCAGCAAGAAGGUCGUGGAGACGUUGCAAAAGGAGGGCGUGAAGUCGUUCGCCCAUAUGAAUAUCUUGGCUAAUGAUGUGCUGAGAGAGGGCGUGAAGAAAUAUUCAGAUUGGCCAACAUACCCUCAACUCUAUGUUGAUGGAGAGUUUGUCGGUGGCUGCGACAUCGUCCUUCAAAUGGCCGAGGACGGUGAACUCCACGAUCUCCUCCUCGAGAAGGGUGCCAUCACUGCUUAA